UUUUUUGCAGAUCUGGACUCGGCCAGCGUGCAGCUGCUGGGCAGCAAUCGGAACGAGCUGCUGCUCAAGUGCCAUGUGGAGGGCGCCUCCGGCGACGAGCCGCUGCAGAUUGAAUGGUAUCGGGACAGCGCAAAGCUUAGCACCUGGCAGAACGUGGAGCUGCAGCAGCAUCGACUGCUCGUCCGUCAGCCGAGCGGCGCCGAUGAUGGACUAUAUCGCUGCAUUGCGUCCAAUGCGGCGGCACGCGUGAUGAGCAAGCAGGGCUAUGUAUAUCGGCAUCAGGCGAGUUCGCUCGGUGUGGCCAAGUGCCUGCCCAGGCUAAAGAAGAACCAGAAGUUGCCCGAUUCGUGGGGCAAGCAGGUCUUCUUGUGUCGCGGCAAGCGCGGCGGCUCUGGCGGCAUGGAUCAGGCACUGUCGCUGCCCCCGUCGCCCGAAGGUCUGCGCAUUGUUCAGGGACCCAAUGCCAAGCUGAUUAUCAAGGAGGGCGACUCGGCAGCCCUGAGCUGCCUCUAUGAACUGCCCGCCGAGCUGCAGAAUCAACGCGUCCAGAUGCGCUGGCGCAAGGAUGGCAAAAUCUUGCGACACGUGGAACUGGGCGAGGCACUAAUUCCUGGCCUGGCGCUCGACUAUGGCAAGGAUACAUUGCUGCGCGAAGACGGACGCCUGGUGCUGCAUAAGCAGAACGGCACGAUGAGCUUCAACAGCAUUAUUGCCAGCGAUGCGGGCCAGUACAUGUGCCAAAUACAGCUGGAGGGGCACGCGGCAGUCAACUCCUCACCCGGCACACUGGAGGUCAUUGAACAGCUCAAGUUUAUGCCGCAGCCAACCUCUAAGAAUCUGGAGCUCGGCUCACUUGGCAAGCUGCACUGCAAGGCACAGGGCACUCCCACGCCGCAGGUGCAAUGGCUGAGGGAUGCGGCGAAUGGCUCUCUGCCCGAACACGUGGACGACAUCAAUGGCACUUUAAUAUUCAGGAAUGUUAGCGCCGAGCAUCGCGGCAACUAUACGUGCCUGGCCAGCAAUAGUCAGGGCCAGAUUAAUGCCACUGUCUCCAUAAAUGUGGUGGUCGCUCCCAGGUUCAGUGUGGCGCCCGUGGGACCCAUCGAAACGGCCGAGCAGGGCGUGGCUGUCAUACACUGCCAGGCCAUUGGAGAUCCCAAGCCGACCAUACAAUGGGACAAGGAUUUACAGUAUCUGAGCGAGAACAACACGGAUCGCCAGCGUUUCAGUUUCCUGGAGAACGGCACACUCGCCAUACACAAUGUGCAGGCGGAGGAUGAGGGCAAAUAUGGCUGCACCAUUGGCAACAGUGCAGGCCUCAAGCGGGAGGAGGUGCGUCUGCUGGUGCGCGCCAGCGGCGAUGGCUUCAUUACGGAAGAAUCGGCCGGCGAUGGUUUCCUUGUGACGCGCGCCGUACUCAUCACGAUGACCGUUGCCCUGGCCUACAUAGUGCUCGUGGUGGGUCUGAUGCUGUGGUGCCGCUAUCGGCGGCAGGCACGCAAGGCGCGGCUCAAUGAGCUGAGCAUCAAGGAGGCUGGCGGCGAUCAGGCGGAGCCGGGCAAAAGCAACGAACAGGAACCCUGCCUGUCCAAGCAGCAACGCAACGGCCACAGCAAGUCCCGUGCCGCCAAUGGAGAUGCACAGAAAUCCGAUGAUACCGCUUGCAGUCAGCAGUCUAAGGCUUCCAAGAAAUCCGCCCACAUUUACGAGCAACUGGCGCUGCCACGCUCCGGUCUCAGCGAACUAAUUCAAAUUGGACGCGGCGAAUUUGGCGAUGUGUUUGUGGGCAAACUGAAGGCGUCUCUGGUGGCAGCCGCUUCGCCAGGCGACAAGGAUGCAGACGCGGACAAGCAGCAUAGCAACAGCGAGAAUGGCAGCGGGGCCAGCGGCAGCGGCAGCGGCAGCACCACCUUGAGUACUCUGAAUGAGAAGCGACGCUCGAAGACCUCCAUGGAUGACAUUGAGGAAAUUAAGGAGGAGGAACAACAGGAACACGAGCCAGCCGAGUCUGCCGCCGAUCAACUGGUGCUGGUCAAGGCGCUCAACAAGGUCAAGGACGAACAGGCCUGCCAGGAAUUCCGUCGCCAGCUGGACUUGCUGCGCGCCAUCUCGCACAAGGGUGUCGUCCGUCUGUUUGGCCUGUGCCGCGAAAAGGAUCCACAUUACAUGGUGCUCGAGUACACAGACUGGGGUGACCUCAAACAGUUCUUAUUGGCCACCGCCGGAAAAGUUAACACGGCCACAGCCACAUCCUCGCCGCCGCCACUAACCACCAGCCAGAUGCUGGCCGUAGCUUACCAAAUAGCCCGCGGCAUGGAUGCAAUCUAUCGCGCUCGCUUCACCCACAGAGACCUGGCCACUCGCAACUGCGUCAUCUCCAGUGAAUUUAUUGUUAAAGUCGCCUAUCCGGCCCUGUGCAAGGACAAGUACAGUCGCGAAUAUCACAAGCAUCGCAACACGCUGCUGCCAGUGCGCUGGUUGGCACCGGAGUGCAUACAGGAGGAUGAGUAUACCACCAAGAGCGACAUUUUUGCCUUUGGUGUGGUUGUGUGGGAGCUCUUCAAUCAGGCCACAAGGCUGCCGCACGAGGAUCUAACCAACGAGCAGGUGGUACAACGUGCACUGGCCAAUACACUGGAAUGGUCCGUGGCCGAGGGUACGCCAGACUGCCUCAAGGAGAUUUUGCUCUCCUGCUGGUUGGCCAAUCCCAAGGAACGUCCAUCUUUCAGUCAGUUGGGCGCUGCGCUUAGCAAGGCCAUGCAAGCUGCUGAGAAGUAGGCGCGCCGGCGUUGCCAGACCGAUGACUGACUUAGUGUUGGUAAACGUUGAAGCAAGAAACAGUUUGCUAACUACGCCAAAUAUAAUUUGUAGUAUUCUCUUAGUAUAUGCAUACAUUUAUAUGCAUACAUACACACAUACAUAAAAACCGGCUUAAGUUAAGUUUGAUACAUUUUCGAGGAUAAGUCGUGCAUUGAACUGAGUUAUUUUCAAAUGCUAGGCGCAUGUUCAACAUGCGUAGUAAUAAUCGUAACUUAAAAUUAAUGUACGUAUUUUAAUUGUAUAAACCAUAAGCAUUGAUAUCUUCUCUAAAGUAUUUACAUACAUACGUGGUGCUGCAUAAAAUAUGCAGCAAAAAUGUAAAUAAAAACUGCCACAAACAUUUGCAUUUAAA